AUGCGCUGCAGUCGAUGCUUAUCCUGGACUGUGGUGCCGGGUAACCACACGGUGAUGGAGGAGAUUGUCCCCGGCUGCGGCGACACGUGGGCGCGGUCUGAGCGGCAAACGCGGGGCCGUGUCCUGUGGAGCCUCAAGGAGCUCCCACAGAAGAGGGAGAAAAGGGAGAAGCAGACUCCGCAUGCGCCGUGCACCAGGUCAUGGGCCUUCUCCAGCCUGAGGGGAGGAGGUUCAGAAGUGGACAGAAUGACAAAAGAGAGGCUAAGUGAGACCUGUAAGGCUGCCGAUCAAAAAAAGCCUUUUUGUAAAACAACACAGGAAGAAGAAUAUACCCGUGCACCCAGCCUAAGAAUAAACAUGAAUCCAAAUGAAAUUGUGGGGCAUCCUAGCAGUAAAUCCAAAUCAUUACAAUUCAGUGCCAGGAACCCACAAGGCCUGCAGAUAGAGAGUGUGACUCUGGCCCAGCAGGGCAACGUGAUGGAAGACAUGCUGCAAAAGCUGAAAGAGAGCAUGAAAAAAGAGAAAGGCGAGAGGGGGCAUCCAGGAAUUCUUCAGUGGAAGGCAGGACAAUUUGGAUCAAUAAACAGCUGUACUCCAUUGCCUAACCCUAAGAAAGCACUAAAGCAGCUGUCAGCAGGCAAGGUGAAGAUUCGUGUGCUAAAGGAUGAACCUUUAACAGCUCCACCUCAUCUACCUUUGUGUGAUACCUGCUGCUGUCCUCAGCCACCAACACAAAACAAGAUGAGGGGACCAAACUUUGGACAAGGUGACGCGGCAACUGAUAGACAGAUGUUUGCUGGGGAUUGCAGACAUGACAAAAGGGCGGCAAUGAUUAAGAAGGAACAGAAUGUUCAAAAGUCUUUUCAAGAUUCUCUUCUUGGUGGAGACUAUGAUGAGGAGGAGUCUGCAAGGUCUUUCCAAGAAGCUCUCAAACAGUGGAGACAAGAGAGAAGUGUUGGUCCCGAAGAACAAUCAACUAUGUGGACACAAACAGCAUCAAAGUCAGGUGUAGCUACACAGACCGGCUUUCCUCCAGAGCGAGACCAUGAAAGACAAGGCACAGCAUGGGGAAAUAGCAAGGCACCGAUCAAGGUGGAGUUCCAUGAGAGCAGACUCACCUACAUGGACAGGUUGCUUCUCAAAAAGCACCGCAGCACCCCACUUGAGGCGUGUCAUCCACCACGGGUCUGCUCUACAGCUUUGGAAUCUCUGAAUGAUACGCUCAUCGAAGCGAAGCAGGCAAGCAGCCGAAGAGGUCAAGAUGAAGAUUUCCGAAGCUAUUGUGCAUUGUUGUUUGCGGUCCCCGUCAGCGGGAUCGGGUUUGGACCUCUAAACCCUACACUCCACGCGCUGGAUGAUGUGAGUUUCUGGGUCAUUAACAGAUGCAGCUUAGUACAGUAG